AGGCAGGCAGGCAGCCUCGAGGGCCAGUGCACCGCCAAGGACAAAAGGAGCCCCGCGCCGGACGCCGUGUACACUUCCGAUCCCGAUCAGCAUGAGGAAGACCGAAAUGGGAAGGUUCAACAUCUCCCCGGAUGAGGACAGCAGCAGCUACAGCUCCAACAGUGACUUCAACUACUCAUACCCCACCAAGCAGGCUGCUCUGAAAAGCCAUUAUGUGGACGUGGAUCCUGAAAACCAGAACUUUUUACUUGAAUCAAAUUUGGGGAAGAAGAAGUAUGAAACAGACUUUCAUCCAGGUACUACUUCCUUUGGAAUGUCAGUAUUUAAUCUGAGCAAUGCGAUUGUGGGCAGUGGAAUCCUUGGGCUUUCUUAUGCCAUGGCUAAUACUGGAAUUGCUCUUUUUAUAAUUCUCUUGACAUUUGUGUCAAUAUUUUCCUUGUAUUCUGUUCAUCUCCUCUUGAAGACUGCCAAUGAAGGAGGAUCUUUAUUAUAUGAACAGUUAGGCCAUAAGGCUUUUGGACUGGCUGGAAAGCUAGCAGCCUCUGGAUCGAUUACAAUGCAAAACAUUGGAGCUAUGUCAAGCUACCUCUUCAUAGUGAAAUAUGAGUUACCUUUGGUGAUCAAGGCAUUAAUGAACAUUGAAGAUACAAAUGGACUGUGGUAUCUGAAUGGUGAUUAUCUGGUCUUGUUGGUGUCCUUGUUGCUUAUUCUUCCAUUGUCGCUGCUGAGAAAUCUAGGGUACUUGGGGUACACCAGUGGUCUCUCCUUGCUGUGUAUGAUGUUCUUUCUGAUCGUGGUGAUUUGCAAGAAGUUUCAAAUUCCUUGUCCUGAAGCUUUGAUGGUCAAUGAAACUGUGAACGCCACAUCAGCACUGGCACUCCUGGCAUCUAACGUGACAUUAAACGCCACCACCACAGCAGAUUGUUGCAGGCCACGUUACUUUAUCUUCAACUCACAGACCGUGUAUGCCGUGCCAAUCCUGACGUUUUCUUUUGUCUGCCAUCCUGCUGUCCUUCCCAUCUAUGAAGAGCUGAAAGGCCGCAGCCGGAGGAGGAUGAUGAAUGUGUCCAAGAUUUCGUUCUUCGCCAUGUUUCUGAUGUAUCUGCUCGCUGCUCUCUUUGGAUACCUGACAUUUUAUGGACAGGUCGAGUCCGAAUUGCUUCAUACCUAUUCUAAAGUCGUGGGAACUGACAUUCUUCUCCUUGUUGUCCGCUUGGCUGUGUUGAUGGCUGUCACCCUCACAGUACCAGUGGUUAUUUUCCCAAUCCGGAGUUCCAUCACUCACUUACUAUGUGCUGCAAAAGAGUUCAGUUGGUGGCGUCACAGUGUCAUCACUGUGGCUAUCUUGGCCUUUACCAAUUUGCUUGUCAUCUUUGUCCCUACCAUUAGGGAUAUCUUCGGUUUCAUUGGUGCAUCGGCAGCUGCAAUGCUGAUUUUUAUUCUUCCAUCUGCCUUCUACAUCAAGUUAGUGAAGAAGGAAUCUUUGAGAUCCGUGCAGAAGAUCGGGGCUCUGCUGUUUCUCGUAAGCGGCAUAGUGGUGAUGUUUGGAAGCAUAGCCUUGAUUGUUUUGGAUUGGGUACACAAUGCCUCUACAGGUGGCCACUAAUGGCACCACUCAAACUCAAUGGUCCAUCUGCCGCCAGUGUUGAGUCAACACUCAACUUGCUCAGAAAUUUCACCUGAUGCUUUUGGUUCACUUCCUUUUGAAGUGCAGAUUCCUCGCUGGUUCUUCUGGAUGCAGAAUAAGUGGAACUUCUGUUUCGUUUCGUUUUUAUUUGUUUUUUAUUUUUUUUUAUUUUUAAAGAAACUUAUCUGUGUGUUAGGGAAUGGAUAUUAACAGCAAAACCACGAGUCUUGGGUUAAGGGAAGUGACUAUUUAUUCCAUUCCAGAGAAUGGACGAACUUUUAACUUUUUAUCAAGCCACAUGCUUGGCUGUGUCAUUGUUUAACUUGGAUAUUUUAUGAUUUUACUUGAAUGUGCCUAACGGAACCAUUCGAUGUGAAAAAUACUUAAUUUACAGCAAAGUAUUGAAAUAAGCAUUGAGAAAAACACUUAUUUUUUGUACCAAAAAAUACUUUAAAAGACCUCAGAAGCACUAUUUUACUUUGAAGAAGUUGCAUUUUUUGAACUUUAUCCAGAACCAGUUGUCGAUAAACUCCGUAAAGCAAUUUCAUUUAUAUUUAAAAAUGAAUAUUAGUAUUAUGAAAUUAUUUGCCUUUUUUGUAGGCAUUAUAAGCCAAAUACUUUUUUACCCAAAAUCAUUUUCGGGAAAAUGUUAAGAAAAAUUGUACCAUGAAUUAGCAUAGUUUUGUUUUGUUCAUUCAAAUUUCAUUUAAAGGAUAAUUGGUAGCUGCUGCACCAAAUCAGGUGAACACUGUUCAUUGCUUUGUUUGCCUCCAGAUAAUUGGUUCAUUAAAACUAAGAUGUUUAUGUCUUCAACCUAUUAGGCUGAAAAACAAUGCAGAUAUUUCUGUUGGAAAUGAAAUAACUGACUUUUGAGGUACCAAAUAAUUAGUGCAAUUGGGUAAAACAGGGUUUAUUCAGUUGCGUCUGUCUCCAGAGUUGUAUUGUCAGCUCUGGGUUAAGCUUUGGGCCUGCCCUUUAAAAUACUGCUUCCAGAAGUGAAAAUGGGCACCUACUGAUGGCAGUAGGUCAGAACUCUCCAAUAGGAAGUACAACUUUCGAAUGCUUACCCUACUGGAAGCGUGAUUUACUUGACAACACAUGGCUCAAUUGUGUUCCUGCUGUGUGUCUACAGUAGAGGUCUGACCCACAGGCUGCACCAAGGCCAGCACACUGCGAGUUCUCGUCAGAAAGACCACUGGGUUUCCCAUGCAGUAAGCUUUUUAAAAACUCGCACUGGAUUGUCAUCUCAUUCUUGUACAAUGCAGAAUUAUUUGUUUACAUCGAACAAAUGAUUAGUUAGGGGAAAUAGUACAACAUGGUUGUACUUAGUUUCUGGUCCAACUGCAUGCUUACCUUUCCAUUUCAAUUCCAGUUAAAAGUGAAAACAUUACUUUGAAGCUUGGCUUUAGGAGCACAUUUAUUGUAUGUUAACGGUGUAUGGUGAAUAUAUUAAAAAAUGUGGUACUUUGCUCAUCAGGCAUAAUGUUAAGAUCUAAUAUAACAUAAUUCCAUUAAGUGGUUGAGGGAAGCAAGUGGAAUCAUCAAUUGGCCAUCUGACUCUUGAGGUUAUCUCUUGAACUAAAUAUUUUUAGUUUGAGGCACCAGGGUCAGAAAUGUGGCACACAUGGUUUUUUGUUACACAGUCUUGUAUAUGUGGCUAAAUUCAUAGUCAAGAUGUGUCUGCUAUUCAAGACACCUGCAGACCGGAAGACAUCUAGUAGUGCUUCAUUGGGUAAGACCAAUGGUCCAUUUUGUCCCAAAGAUGAAAUCUGGGGACCAUCUAGAAGCAGAGGCAGUGAGAAGACACUCUACCACGCUGCUUUCAUGUCACUCAAAUCCAGAACCUCACCUGUAGUUCAAGAGUUAGUAUUUCUGCUUGAAGUCCUGGAAAGAGUUGCUGAUGAGACCUGCCAGGGAUGCAGAGAAACAAGCAUCCAAGAGAAGGUGCCAUGGCAACCAGGAAGAAGUAAGUGGAAGAGAAAAAGAUCCUGUUCACAGCCAAUCAGUGUGGAGAGACUUUCCUAACCUUUUUGUGAGGGAGCACAAUUUAAGGUUCAAAACGAAUUUUUUAGGCCAAAUUCCAACACUUAAGGCUAUUUUAUCAGCCUUGAGGUUCCUAAACUGAAUUCCCAUCCAUGAGCAGUCUUCAGUAUUAAAACCACUGUCCUGUCACCUCAUUUUGCAUUGCUGUCUUCCAUGGACAUUUCAGUUAUAACUGUACUAUUUAUAGAGCAGCAUUAAUCCAUUAAAGCUAACCUAUUUUUCAAUAUUUAUGAUAAACUGUACAUACAUUGUCCAUAUGUAUUUGUAAAUAGAUUGUAUAUACUGUUGGAACUGGGUCUUGGGUUCAAAUGUAUAUAUUCCCGUAAGUUUCUUAACUGCAUUUUGAUGAACUUACAUUAUAUAUAAGCCCCCAAAGUACUUGUAUAGAGAAUCCAAUAUUACAAAUUGACAUUGUGUAUAAAUGCUGAAAUUGAAGAUACUUGUUUAAAUUGUAUUUGCAAUAAACUGAUCGGACAUCAACUUAAGUUCAAGUCCUAUUUAAAUUUUAAAUGAGGUCUAAAUUUUCAAAAUGCAGUAGCUAUAACAUGUUACCUGAAAACAUGUCAAAAUGUGAUCACAAUGAAAGAUGUGAGAGCCUUGGUUGUGUAUAUAGUGUAAAUGUCUCCACUGUACUGUUAGAGGCUAACAUGCCACUGUGGCUUGUUGGCAAGGAGUGCUACACCGGUUUCAAUGAAACAAUGUAUGUUUGUUUUAACUGAACUAAAAUAAAUACAUACUUAAUCCUGA